CUUCCCGUUCGCCAAGCACAGCACAGCAGCAGCAGCAGCUCCCGGCAGCCGUUCCCAGGAAUCAGGAUUAUUUACCCCCUUUUACUAAGCAAAAUGUGCGCGAAAUUCGUUUGUGUAGUGCUGCUGGCCAGCCUCGUGUGUGGCUCCCUGGCCCUGCCCUCGCAGGACAGCGGUGAGCGGGAUCUGGUCAACAUGCUGAACCGCCUGGAUAACGAGGAGUCCGUGCCGCUCUUCGGCGGUCUGCGGAUCGACCGAUCGGAGACGGGCCGCAGCUUCGGUGCCGGCAAGGCCGUCGAGUCCUUCGAGGAUCGCGCCGAGCGAUACCUGGAGACUCACGAGCUGAACCUCUCCUUCUCCGGAGAUGAGCAGGAGGAGAACGCCGAGAACGAGUACACCGGACGCGCCAUGGAGGAAUCCCGUAGCAAGCGCAUGAAGAAGAUGCUCCUGCCCCUGCUCUUGGUCCUGAAGCUGAAGAAGGCCAUCGUCGUCAAGGUUAUGUUCACUAUCAUCAAGUUCAUCUCGCUGAAGGCUCUGGCCAUCUCCUUCCUGGCCCUCAUUCUGGCUGGUGCCACCUUCUUCAAGGAUCUGCUGGCCAAGAAGAAGGAACACAUCACCACUGCCUACAUCACCGGCAGCCCCCUGAACGCCGACAUCGUGCACUCCGACUGGAGCCGCAAUGGUCAGGCUGGUGCCGCCGAUCUGGCCUACAACCACUACGGUCUGGCUCAGCCCUUCUAGGCUGGAACUUCCCAAAUCGAUCCAUCCAUCGCUCGCUAUUCUAGCCUGAACCCCUCACCUGCUAUAUCUUACCCUACCAAAGCUUCACCUUCUUCGCCUUCUGUCCUCAUUCCUUCUUCCUCUCCACUCUAUGCUCGUCAUCCCUGUCUCCUUUCCUCCUAAAGACUCACCUGAAGAAUGGCUUAAUUCGUAGUCAGUAAUUAUUUAGUUACAUUUAGUUAGUUAGCUGCGACAUACCAAAAAAAAAGGAAAAAGAAAAUCACAAAAAUAGAGAGAAUACCACAAACGGUCCACGACUCUUGGCUAGCUCAGGACAAUGCUUAAGGAUACUAAAGUCAAUCAUGAUUGCGCCAUAUUUAUUGCACAUUUCCACAAUCCACAUGUCUCUUGGCGGAUGUAAAUGUCACUCAGGUUCAUCGAAAACAACGAAGAUUAUGCCUGCUCAAGAGCUUACUUACUAAGUAUUUAUUCAGAUAACUUAAAGCAAUUGAAUAAAAAUGAUUCAACAAAUGCAGAAA